GCUGUGCCUGCCCGCCCGCCCACCACCGCCCUGCCCGGCGACGCGAUCUUUACGCCGCAUCCGCACCACCGCCGCCAGCUCCUCCACGACGCUCACACCACUACAGACGCACACAGCACCCAUCUAGCCCACGCACGCACCACUCUCUGCACUGCAUAUACCGCACCGGUAACCAAGCUUGUUUCUCCCACACAGCAACGAUUUUGGCCCCUUGCCUCGACGAAGCAUACGUCACAAAAGCAGCUCUACGGCUAUCAGCAACCUCCUGACUCAGGCCCGUUGCAUUGCAUUGCAUUGACUGCCUCUGCAUUGCCCUUGGCGCCCACCACGCCGCGCCAUACCUCGAGGCGCUUCGCCAGAUCUCGCCCGCUGCAUCGCCAUGGACCAGCAGGGCCAACAACAACAAUCAGCGGCAUCGCAGGGCCCGCAGGGGCCAGCUGGCCGCCGUCUGCACAUCGCCCACCGCCGCAGCCCUUCAGAAAUGACGCCGCUCAUGAUGGAACAGCUGGCUCUAGCCCAGCAGAUUGAGAUGUUGCAACAGCAACAGCAGCAGAUCGCCGCCACGCACCAGCAAUAUGUCAACAUGGGCAUGAUUCCCCAGCAACAGCAGUUGCCUAAUCAGUUCCAGCAACUGCAAGGCCAAAUGCAAAACCUCAAUGUCUCCCAACCCGGUGCCUUCCAGUUUCCACAGCAGGGUCAGAUGGGCCAGCAACACCUUGGCAUUCCCAUGACUGGCGGUAUCGCACAGCCAGGCGGACAUCGAAGGAAUCAAUCCGCCAUGCCAAACAUGGGCAUGGGUCCACCGCCUGCACCUUCUGCUGGUGCAGCUGGGUCGGGCUUUGCAGAUUUUGGCAAUUUUGGACAAAACAGAAAUGAAAACAGCGCGCCUACGCGUGGAAGAGGUGGAGGUGCAGCAGGCGGAGGACAUGCUCGUCGACACUCGUUGGCGUUACCCGAAGCCAAAAAGGCCGCAGAGCUGGCAGAGGCGAAACGCAAGACUAGUGGCUUUCAGUUUCCCAUUCCUGGCGCCACUGGUACGACAACCAGCGGCUCGCCGUCAGCAACCAAUCGCUCUGUGAGCCCGGCGAAUGCUGAAAGCACACAGCCCGCGGCAUCGAACUCUCUUCGAGGCUCCUUCAGCGGUAGGGGGCAUGGACGUAGCCAGAGUAUGGCCGUUGGAAAUGGACGCGGCAUGGCACAAAGCAGCCGAGGAGGGCCACAAGGUUUCCAAUUCCCUCCGCCACAGGCGACUAACGACGGUGGUAACACUUCUGAGCUGGGACGCCGUGGUAGCCAAGGCCACGGUCGAACUAGCUCACGCAACUUCGAGGGCAACUGGCGCAACCCGAACCCAACCAACAAUGACUCUUCGCAGAACAACAUGGGCAAUUUCCAGAUGAAUCAGCAAGCCAGCGCCCAGCCUUUCCAGCCAGGUCACCGUGCUCGUGGCUCUAUGGCAAACCAAUCCAUCAGCUCCAUGCAGGGCUUUGGCUACAACGCACAGCCCCAGCUCAUGCAGCUUCCACAAGGCCAAGUCCUUGUACAGAAUCCUGCCAUUUAUGGUGGACAGCCGCUCAACGCUCUGCAGCUUGCACAGCUUCAGGCGUAUCAGCAAGCUGGUAUUCAGCCUCCAAGUCUCGCUCAAUUGACUGGACAGCACAAUGGACCCCAGCUUGGUCCUCAGCAGCAACAGCAGCGCAAGACCUUAUUCACUCCGUACCUACCACAGGCCACACUUCCAGCGUUGCUUGGCGAUGGCCAACUUGUUGCUGGAACUCUCCGCGUCAACAAGAAGAACCGCAGCGACGCUUAUGUCACAACACUCGAUCUCGACGCCGACAUUUUCAUUUGUGGAAGCAAGGACCGCAAUCGGGCGUUGGAGGGUGACUACGUCGCAGUAGAGCUACUCGACGUCGAUGAAGUCUGGGGACAGAAACGCGAAAAGGAAGAAAAGAAGAAGCGUAAGGAUGUUACCGACCAGCGUGGCGGCAGCAUCACCGCUGUCAACGACGCAACGACGCAGCCUGAAAGUGCACAAGACGGCGGACUGCGCCGACGCGGUAGCUUGAAGCAGCGCCCAACACAGAAGAAGAACGAUGAUGUGGAGGUGGAAGGUCAGAGCCUGCUCCUUGUGGAGGAGGAUGAGAUCAAUGAUGAGCAGAAGCCAUUGUACGCGGGACACAUUGUCGCUGUCAUCGAGCGAGUCGCUGGUCAGAUGUUCUCCGGCACCCUUGGACUGUUGCGCCCCAGCAGUCAAGCCACCAAGGAGAAGCAAGAAGCUGAGCGCCAGGCUCGCGAGGGCAACACACACCGUCAACCAGAACGCCAGCAGGAGCGCCCAAAGAUCGUCUGGUUCAAGCCAACGGACAAGCGUGUGCCCCUCAUUGCAAUUCCUACGGAGCAGGCACCAAAGGACUUUGUCGACAAGCAUCAGAGUUACGCCGACCAAAUCUUUGUUGCAUGCAUCAAGCGAUGGCCCAUCACCAGUUUGCAUCCUUUCGGUACCCUUGUCGAACAGCUUGGCACGGCCGGUGACCUUAGGGUGGAAACGGACGCUCUCUUGCGCGACAAUAACUUCGGACCGGACGACUUUUCAGAUGCCGUCAUUAAGAAUGUGGGAUACGAAGACUGGUCUGUCGCCAACGAUGGCGAGCCCGCUCUAGAGGACCGCCGCGAUUUCCGAGACGAGAAAACCUUCACCAUCGACCCGAACGGCAGCAAGGAAUUAGACGAUGCGAUCCACUUCAAAGACCUGGGCGACGGUCACGUCGAAGUUGGCAUGCACGUUGCAGAUGUGGCACACUUCAUCAAGGCCAACUCCCUCGUGGAUCGCGAGGCCAAAAAGCGAGGAACGGGUGUCUACCUGAUGAAUAGAACAGUCAACAUGCUCCCACCGAAGCUUUCUCAGGAUGUGCUUUGCCUGCUCCCUGGCGAGGACCGAUAUGCCGUGUCCGUCGUCUUCAAGGUGGAUUCUACAACCGGCCGUGUCAUCGAGGAGGACACUUGGAUCGGCAAGUCGGUCAUCCGAAGCUCAGGCAAGCUUUCGUACGAGGAGGUGGAUGCUGUUAUCAGCGGUAACACCUCUGCAUCUGUCGAUGAGGACCGUGCGAAGCAAAUCCUCACCCUCUACAACGUCGCACAGAAGCUUCGCAAGGGACGAUAUGUCAGUGACGAGGCCAAUAUCCCAUCCCUUCGCCUGUUGUACUCGCUCGACGAUGAAAACGUACCUGUCGAGCACAACAUUUUCGAUUCCAGCCCCGCGCACGAGAUGAUCGAAGAGUUGAGCCACAAGACCAACGCAUUCGUCGCUGGAAAGCUCCUCGCAGCGCUGAAAGAACGUGCUUUGUUGAGGACUCAGAAGAUCCCCAACGGCCGUCGGCUUCGAACUCUGGCUGAGCGGAUGAGCAACAUUGGAUACGAGAUCGACACAUCGAGCUCCUCUGCACUCCAAAACAGCCUGUUCCGCAUUGAAGACGCUGAAAUCAGGAAGGGCAUUGAAACCUUGGUCUUCAAGACCAUGGCACGUGCGAAGUACGAAGUGGCAGGCCGUGCGGACACGCCGGACAACCUCAGCCACUUCGCCCUCAACCUGCCACUGUACACCCACUUCACGAACCCAUCUCGCAGAUAUGCAGACAUUGUCGUUCACCGACAGCUUGAGGCUGUUCUCUCCAAUGGCGCUACCGAGUUCACCGAGGACGUCGAGUCACUUCACAAGACCGCCGAGACUUGCAACACCAAGAAAGACUCUGCCCACAACGCACAGGAACAGAGCGUUCACAUCGAGUCUUGCCGGAAGAUGAACAAGCUCAGUGAGGACCAGGGUGGAGACCUCAUCUCCAUUGGUAUCGUUGUAUGUGUGUACGAGUCAGCUUUCGACGUCUUGAUUCCAGAGUACGGCUUUGAGAAGCGAGUUCACUGCGAUCAGCUGCCGCUCAAGAAGGCCGAGUUCGACAAGAACAAGCGCCUGCUAGAGCUCUACUGGGAGAAGGGAGUUCCAUCUUCUGCCUUCGUGCCAGAAGAUGAACGUCCACAGGCUAAGGGCCACCGUCCCACGAACAGCAUGGUUGCUCGCGACGCUGUCGCCAAGCAGAGGCAGGCUGAGGAGGCUGAGCGCAAGAACAUGCAGACUGGAUCCAUUGAUGCCAACGACGUCGAUGCACUCUUCGACGAUGAUGACGACGCUUCGGAAGCCACUGACAACACCGCCAGUGGUGUUGCGUUGAACGGCGAUCGUGCGACGCAAAGUGGACCACCGUCUCCUGCCAGAAAUGGUCUGGCUCCCCAGAGAUCCAAGUCUGACUCUCGUGUGCUGAACAGCUCAGCUCCAGAAGCUCGACUCACCAACAAGGACAAGUAUCUCGGACUUUUCACACUUCGCGAGGAGGGUGGCAACUACAUCCAAGACGUCAAGGAGAUGACUCGAGUUCCAGUGCUGCUUAAGACGGAUUUGACGAAGAGCCCACCAUGCUUGACGAUCAGAUCCCUCAACCCUUAUGCUCUGUGAGCACACACAUGACUUGACGAGUCCAUCACGAACAUGUGCAGCGACGACUCCCUCGACUCAAAUGAGUCACUUGAGAAACGGGCUGCAAAAGAUAUUGGCGCCUUAGGCAGCCACGAGCUGCGGACUGAAUCAACGAGCGCGAAUGCCGCUUACCACUGACCGUAUACCAUCGUUCACCAUGAACACAGCGAUAUCUGAUUGAAUUCAUGCAGAUAUACAGACGAGGGACUACAAUAGGAAGCAGAGAGAUUGACGAGAUGCGCCUUGAGAAGCAUGAUCUGAUGUUCGUGAGCCUACUGGCUUCACGUUGGCGGACGAAAGUAAGAAGUUGAAUGUCUUCACAAAUUGUACACGUACCAUUCGGAACGAGAUUGUUCGAUGAAAAUCAGCGACCAGCCGAGUGGGACUCUGGAAUGAAGACGGGAUAUUGCUAUCUGUUAUGCAGAUUCUGUGUUUGUAGCGAGGUUCAAUGGCUUGUUUUCAUUUUACAUAUUGAUCACGCUGUCGCUG